AUGCGUCAAUUGUGGCAGUGGAUCGCAACUUUUCUGGUGGAAAUCUGGGUGAAGGGACGUGUAGUGCGAGUGUGUGUUGGUGGAGUGCAGUUGUGCGUGUCGCGGAGUGACGUGUUCCUGGCGAGCAUGCCCGCGGCGGACAGUGGUACCGCUCGGCUUUUGCAGAACCAGCACGUCGUGAACGGCCACGACGACUUCCGACGCCAUUACGGGACCAAUGGGAGAUUAACUGACUUCUUUGGUCUCUCGUUCAAAGUUUGCGUGUUGAUGCCUCAAUUUGGUGCUGUGUUGGGGAAUUGA